AUGCGGACUUGUCUACAGCCUCGCAGGAAACUUCAAGGUAAACGACCUCCACGUAAGCUGAAUAUUGCUCUGUUGUCUUUGCCUGAUCACGAUAUUCAUUUCAACAAUCGGCUAGCUCAACGGCUAGCCAAACUCCCAGUCGCCGCCAUCGCUGACGAGAAGGCCUCCGUGAAGAACCGACCGUGUCAACUACGGGACACAGUUCAGCCGACAGCCCUGACUGUACUCGAUCAUGCACGACGCCAACACCCGGAAUGGUUCAAUGACAACGACGCCGCCAUUAGCAACAUGCUUGCCGAGAACUGCCUGCACAAAGCCUACGUCGACCGCCCCAUCGACGACAAUAAAACAGCCUUCAACCGUAGUUGUCGCCUUGUUCAACUGCGGCUGCGGGAGAUGCACUACGCUUGGACGGCUCGCAAGGUCGAUGAGAUCCAAGGAUACGCGAAUGGCAACGAAUGGAAGAAUUUCUUCUUUGCGACAAAGGCUGUCUACGGUCCGCCAACCAAAGUAACUGCAUCUCUUCUCAGCGCCGACGGCAGUGACCUACUCACUUAG